CCCGAGGGGCUGUGCUACAGCCUCUACGGAGACCUGGCCUUCGCCGCCAAGGAGAGCCUCAUCUCCUCCGACUCCAACCGCAAGCCCUACAUCGGCGACCGGCGCCACCCCAUCUUCUUCAAGCGCAAGCUGGACCCCACGGAGCAGUUUGAGUACAUCUCGUCCUCCAGCGCCCUCAGCGUGUUCGAGACGGACGUGGAGAGCGGCAGCAUGGACUGGUUCGUGCACACGGCCAAGCAGUACGCGCUGGCCGGCCGGCCGCUGGCCGAGCUCUGCGACCACAACGCCAAGGUGGCCAAGGGGCUGGACCGCAACCAGGUGGCUCAGACCUGGACGAUGCUGAGGAUUAUCUACUCCAGCCUCGGCACCGUGUCAUCCACAAACCUCAACCACAGCAUGGGGAAAGGCAGCGCUGCCCUCCCGCUCAUGAACAGCUUUAACCUCAAAGAUAUCCCUGCUGGGCUGGGCAGCGAGUCCAGGCUGGACCGCAGCAAAGGAGAAAGCCGCGCAGAAAACAUCCUCAUGGAUUCCUCCUCCACCCUGAUCAACAACGAGGACAACGAGGAGACGGAGGGCAGCGACGUGCCUGCGGAUUAUCUGCUGGGGGACGUGGAGGCAGAUGAGGAUGACCUGUACAUGAUGGACCACGAGAACCCGCACGCCGAAGAGCAGGAAUACAGCCUUCCCCAGGAAGCCUUCCCCCUGCGCCACGAAAUCGUGGACAACCCAUCUGCCCUGGACCACCUGCAGGACAAGGCCGACUCCCCUCACGUCAGCGGCAACGAGGCCGAGACGGUGUCGCUGACCCCCGUGGAGUCCUUCUCGCUGAUCUCCAUCUCGCACUCUCUCUACGAGAACCGCCUGCCCUCCGACUUCUUCAACCCCAUCGUGCGGGACACGCUGCUCUUCUACGCCGAGCAGGGCGACGUGCAGACGGCCGUGUCCGUGCUCAUCGUGCUGGGAGAGCGCAUCCGCAAGGAGAUCGACGAGCAGACGCAGGAGCACUGGUACACGUCCUACAUCGACCUGCUGCAGCGCUUCCAGCUCUGGAACAUCUCCAACGAGGUGAUCAAGCUGAGCACCUGCCGUGCCAUCAACUGCCUCAACCAGGCUUCCACCACCCUGCACGUCAACUGCAGCAACUGCAAGCGGCCCAUGAGCAACAGGGGCUGGAUCUGUGACAGGUGUCGGCAGUGUGCCAGCAUGUGUGCCGUGUGUCACCACGUGGUGAAGGGGCUCUUCGUCUGGUGCCAGGGCUGCAGCCACGGCGGUCACCUGCAGCACAUCAUGAAGUGGCUGGAGACCAGCUCCCACUGCCCCGCCGGCUGCGGCCACCUCUGCGAGUACACCUGAGCCCCCCGGAGCGCACCUGAGCCCCCCGGAGCGCACCUGAGCCCCGCGGGGGGCUGGCAGCGGGGUGGGGCAGGGGGGAGCAGGGCCCUGCCCUAACCGAUCGCCUUGGCUCGGCCCUCCCUGUAUUUAUUUGUGUAAAUAAGGGCUGGGGGGGACCCCCUGCCCGGCCGUUUUUUACUGGAUUAAAACAAACCAGCAGUUGAUUCGAACCCUGACUCCUGUCUUUGCUUCUCCUGGACGCAGCGACCCAUGGGAUGGGCCCCGCACC